AUGCUUAAACGCAAGUGUUGCAGUAAAAGUUAUUCAACAACUCUUCUUACAGCUGGAAAAACUGUUUCAGAAAUACAUUAUGGACCUUUUUCUUAUGCAUGGUGGAUCGCGAGCGAAAGAAAUAUAAAUAACCAAAUAAAACUACUAGUUCCAAUAAAUUUAGGUAUGAAAACGCUUACAAAACUCAAUGGCCGUAAUUUUAUUAUUACUGUUUUGGAACCUGAUAUAGGAACUUCGCCUGGUCCAAGAUAUCAAGCAACUUGUGAAUCAAAGCAUAGAACUCAGGUAAAAAAACUAAAAAAAAAUCAUGUGAAAGAACAACUAAAAACUCAUGGAAUUGUAAAGGAUAUGAAUACUAAUAAAAGAGAUUUGGUAAAGAAAUUAGAAAUAGUAUUAGCUGAAGAGACCUUGGCGAAAAUAUCAGAUGCGUAA